UCAUAAGUCACUUUUUUCAGGGCCAUUGUAAUUUUGAGCAGCGACUAAAUGAACUGUUGUAAGUCGCGGACUACCUGUAUUUUAUAUGUUGCACAAGACAAUUCCUCUUCACUCAGUGUGACCCAGGCAAACCAAAAGGUUGGACAACGAUGGUAUAAUACAGCAGGAAGUUGGCUUUUAUUUCCUUAAGUCAGGUGAAUUGCAGAUCUGCAGUCUUGCCUCUUUUUCUCACUCCGACAGUAAAUUCAUACUUAAAUGAUUAUGUUUCCUAUCCGAAUAGGUCAGCUGUAAUAGAAAUACUGUAUUUACCUGUAAAUCAGUUUCACCGGCAGAGAUUAUAGUUCUCACCCCUCCUUUUUUUAGGAGAAAAAUAAUUAAAGAAAAUCUCAGUUCUACCUCCUUACGGAGGGUGAGAAGCAGGCAGCGUCCUGAUUAUUUAUGCACUGUAUUCUUUAAUAGAGCAUACAUCUGCUGCUGGCUGGAGAGGUUGAUUUUGAAGGGAAGAACGGAAACCUUCUCCAACCCACCCGAGUCUUGGCGGCGGGUGCCGCUCUACACAGUCCGGGGUUUCUCUUGUGCAGAUCCCGGAGGGAAAAACCUUCGCGCUGGGAUUCCCUGGCGCGAGAGCGCCCCCUGCCGAUCCUAUUUGUCGCUGGAUUAGGGAACGGGCGGUCGCGCGAGGUGGCCGCCACCUGACGACUCCUCCGCUGGGGGGGUUUCCUCCAAAGCCGGACGACCCUUAGUUGGCUUUGUCGUCUGCCGCUGUCAGGAGCAAGUCACGAAACGCCGCCGCCUCGCCAAAAUCGAAGCGAGUUGUGAUUGGCGUGCGCAGCUGGGGCUGGGGGGGGGAAGAGCGCACGGCGCUCGCCGGGACUGGCGGGGCGGAGAAGGGGAGUCGGCCAGGGCAGCGGGAGCGCCGGUGAAGAGGCCUAAGGGCUCCGCUGGCUGGCAUCCCCGCAGCGGUGGCGGGCACGUGGCCGUAGCCGGGGCAGGUCGGUGGCGGCGGAGGGUGGGGGGAGGAGCCCACCAUGCUGUCCAGGAAGGGGAUCAUCCCGGAGGAGUUCGUGCUGACCCGGCUAGCCGAGGAUGUCCCGGAUCACGCGCACCACCGGACCCGGGAGCGGCGGGCCAGGUUCGUGGGCAAAAACGGGUCGUGCAAUGUGGCGCACAAGAACAUCCGGGAGCAGGGCCGCUUCCUGCAGGACGUCUUCACCACACUGGUGGACUUGAAGUGGCCCCACUUGCUCAUCAUCUUCACCAUGACCUUCCUGUGCAGCUGGCUGCUCUUCGCUAUGAUCUGGUGGCUCAUCGCCUUCGCCCACGGGGACUUGGACCACAGCACCCAGCAGCUGCGCCUUCAAGGCGAGGGUCGGGAGGAGGCGGCCCCCUUCGUGCCCUGCGUAACCAGCAUUCAUUCCUUCACCUCCGCUUUCCUCUUCUCCAUCGAGGUGCAGGUGACCAUCGGCUUCGGGGGCCGCAUGGUGACCGAAGAAUGCCCCGUCGCCAUCCUCAUCCUCAUCGUGCAGAACAUCGUGGGGCUGGUGAUCAACGCCAUCAUGCUGGGCUGCAUUUUCAUGAAGACCUCACAGGCGCACCAUCGCGCCGAGACGCUCAUCUUCAGUAAGCACGCCGUGAUCGCGCUCCGCGGGGGGAAACUCUGCUUCAUGCUGCGCCUGGGCGACCUGCGCAAGAGCAUGAUCAUCAGCGCCACCGUCCGCAUGCAGGUGGUGAAGAAGAUCACCAACCAGGAGGGGGAAGUGAUGCCCCUCCACCAGAUCGAGAUCCAGAUGGAGAACCCGGUGGGAGGCAAUAGCAUCUUCCUGGUCUCCCCGCUCAUCAUUUACCACGUGAUAGAUAAGAAUAGCCCCCUGUACGAGGUGGCUCCAACCAGUCUCAUUCACCACGAGGACCUGGAGGUGAUUGUCAUCCUUGAAGGGGUGGUGGAAACCACUGGCAUCACCACCCAAGCCAGGACCUCCUACCUCGCCGAUGAAAUACUCUGGGGCCAAAGGUUUGUGCCUAUUGUGACAGAGGAGGAUGGGCAAUACUCCGUAGACUAUUCCAAGUUUGGCAACACUGUGAAGGUGCCCACUCCAAACUGCACAGCCAAGCAACUGGAAGAAGACCCGAGUAUCAUAGACACUAUUUCCCUGUCACCCAAAGGCGCUAUCCGGAAAAGGUCUGUUAGGUUAAAGCCCAAAUUUACCAUAGCUGAGGAGACCUUAUGACAGCUCUGUGGACUUGCCUGUUGUAGCAGGCAUAAGAGACUUGGAGGCAGCCUCUGUUUCAUUUUUCAGGGCCAAUCUGUUCACUGGACAACUUCUGAAGAAGCUGCAGGGAUAUGUGAACAAUAAGAGCCAAACACGGUGCCUCCUUUACUGGGAAGAACAUUGAGAGCAUGACAACACGAUCCAACAGCCUUCUGCAUUGAGUUAUAUGACACAAUAACAGCUACGUGAGAAAGAGCUGACAAUCCAGUCCGGGGAGGAGGAAUUGACUGAAAUGUUAACGCAAAUAACAGAAGGUGAAAUGCCCAAUUUAUUUGCCUCAGCCAAAGUAAGUUUUCUUGCUUAUAUUUUUAUUCUGUUAAACUCAGCAUACACUAGGCAACAGUCUAGACAACCUGACCAGUCCCUUGUCAGUUCCCGGGUUGAAAAUGCAAAGAAUCCAGAGUUGGUGUAAUAGGAGCAGAGCUGUUCAAGGCAGUAGAGUGAGUAAACACUUUGGUAUGUCCUAAAGAUGUGGCCUCUGUCCCAGAGGAGCCCUCACCACAUAGGAGGCAUUCCAGUAGCUGUUCUUGAUGGGCUUCUGAGUCGUCUCACAGCUAAGACGGAAUAAACAAGCCCAUGGGAAUGAAUAAAAUGAAACAAUCCUAACUCCCAUCUCCUUCAUUAAACCUUUAAAUUUAAACUUGAUUAAACUCUGUCAUUCAACAUUCAACUGUUGCUGGCUCAUUUUCGACAGCAAAGCAAAAAAUAACUGCUCUUCAGAAAUCACAUGUAUAUUUUAUAUAAUUGGAUUCCCAGUCUGUCACCUUCCGUUGUGGGUUCUUUUUCUCAGUAUGAAAUACUGCAGAGCAGCAAUACUUCACAUCACCUGCAGCUCACCCUGAUCUGUUGGAAAAGCUCAACUGCUUUCCUUCAGCCUUGAAAGAGAGAAGUGAUCAGAGAAACAAAGAAGGUAAGAAAGAGAAUGGGUGGCCUGACCUACUUCAGACUCCACUCCAGUCCCUGAUGGCUUCACCCCUACUCAGAACAUGGAAGUCAGCACAGUCUCCCUAUCCCAUUAUUGCAACCUUGUGUAGCUUGGCAUCUUCUUGACCUGUUCAACUGCGACUCCCAUUAUGCCUGACCAAAAUAUAUUCUCAAGGAUAAACUCCUUGAAUGUUUUCUAGAAUGUUUUUAGAGGAAUGCAGCCCAGAGUCACAUUGUUUUGAGUUAGGAUAUCCUUAUAGCUCUUAAAAAUAAAUGAGUAAAUAAGUAAGCAAACAAAUAAGCAGGCAAACAAAUAUGGCAGUCCUAAGCUGGUUGAAGUUUAUAAUUCAAGAAAACUUCUCUAGAAAAGAGAAAGUCAAAAGAACCAGGUUUUUUUUUUUUUUUGUGGUGGCUGAAUUCACACAUUGCUCUAAAUCAGGGGUCCCCAACUCCUGAUCCAUGGACCAGCACCGGUCUGCGACAUGCCAGAAACUGGGCUGCGCAAACAAGCUAAGCCCCAUCAGCGGGAUGCAGGCAGUACAUGGAACCACGCCUCCUUCAGUCCACGGAAAAAACUCUCUCCAUGGAACUAGUCCCUGAUGCCCAAAAGAUUGGGGGAUGCUGCCCUAACCAGUGGGUUCUUUUAACAAUGGUUGCUUGAACAAGCUACAAUGGCUACAUUUACAGAACACACUACACUAUAAAAUUUGAAUUAGCAACCACAAUAUCUGGAUUCACAUAAGGCGAUUUGUUUGGCUUCGUCUUGGUGACUUCAGCUUGUGAGACUAGUGGUACUGCUCAGAUUUCUUCAUCUUUACACACUUGAAAAAUUUGAUUUUGUUUGCAAUGUGUUGCUUGUGCCUUCUUGUUUCACACCUGGAAGGGGGGAGGGAAGCUGGGAAGAUGACCUGAGAUUGGGCAGAACAUGGGGACAUCCUGAAGAGUGACCGAAUUAACAUUGCUUUGUUUAAAUUAAAUCCAUGUUUAAAUAUGUCCCAGUUCUGAAGCUGUCUUUGCAUUUUGAUUGAAAAGACAAGUCUGCAAAUUGGAAGUGUGUUUAGACAUUUCAAUUACUGUGCAGCAAAUGAUGCUAUGUACUAUUUUUAAUUAUGUGGCAAGAAGGGUUAUGUAACACAAAAUGGCAUGUCCUGUCCCAGAUUGAGGCUAAUAAAAGACAGAACAUCAAGUUCAAUUUGUGGUUCUUCAGCUUAAUGAAGAAUAACUUCAGUAGCAUAGAUUUCUUAGGUGUGUAAACACUACCUAGCAGGGUGUUCUUUCUAUUUGUGUUUUUAAAGUAACCAUGGUCCUAGCAGGGUGAUUGGACUGGAACAGUUCUGAUAGGCAAUGCUAGCAUAGAUGGUUGAUUCAAAGCAUCUGCUACUCCUUUUUUAAUGUUUUAUUGAUUUUCUAAUUUUACAUUUAAGUAUUUAAAAAGCAACGUGGCGGCUGAGUUAAUCGAUAAUUCACUAAGAUACAAGUAUCUUUUAGUACCAGUCUCAAACUACCACAUUAAAUAUUUCCUCUCUUUUCUCCUUAGUAUUAUCUGUCUCAUGUUCAAACUAAUACAAUUCUUAUUCUAUUAAUUAAAUAAAAGUAACAUUCUUACAUUUAUCAAUAAUUUUUAGCUUAUACAUAUUCAGAUUAUUUUAACAUUCAGUCUUUAUAGACAAUCAA